AUGGCGUUCGACGGCGAACGCCGAGAGGAUUCCGGCACCACUUUUUCUUCCAACCGGCUUCUUUCCUCACGCUCGGCAACUCUCCGAGCCUGUACAACGUUUCUAGAGCGGGCAGGCUCUGACUCUGCGGCUGGGCAAACGGGAGAUGGAACCGACUUGCAUGGCACCGACUUGUCGCACGCGGCCGCCGCACAGUCUAUAGGAGCCGAGACACACAACGAAACCCCGGCGUGUGAGAAGGAUACAUCCUUCGACGAUCGCCGGCUAUGGCUGCCUACAUUUCUCCACCGAGUGACCUCGUCACUCCCGGCGUUCGCGUCUAAAGUAGUGUUCUACGCCGCCAUCUUCGUCGUAACUUUCGUUUUGCUUUGUGGACUCUCGCCGUAUUACCAUGUCAACCACACACGCAAUCUCGUUCGCGCGUCUGGCCUAUUUCACCGCGUGCCUCUUCCAAACACGCACUACGGCUUGCUCUUUAUGAGUCUGGAGAGCGAACCUCCGAUCGAUUUCAGCCAGCCGUUAAGCCAGACGAAGCGGUACAGGCAUCGUGACGGGGAUGCGCUCCGCGAGGGGCCCAACACGACGCAGCAUCCAGACGACGAAAUCGAGUUCCAUCCCAUCCUGAUGGUCGCAGGGCACGUGGGCGACUGGCGGCAAGUCCUUCCUUGGGGGAAGCUCCUGCGUUUCUACGAACGGAGGAGAGACAAGUUGUCUUCCUCGGGACAUGAAGCAGACCCACUCGAACAUACUGAACUCCACCUUUUCGGCACGCGACUCGGGGACUUCAACGAGCGGCAACGCCAGCAGCAGGUCUCUGCUUCACAGGCGAAGAAUGUGCAACACCGACACGGCCGAAAGACCAAGGUGGUGCACCAUGUCUACGUGGUUGACUUCCACCGCGAACCCAGCGGCCUGCAUCCGGCGAUCAUCGAGAAGCAGGCUGAGUUUGUGCUCCUCUGCAUUAAGAAGAUCCAGUCGCUCUACGCCCCCCUCCCGGAGACCGGGGUGUCGCAAAGGCUAGCCCCGCCCUUGACGGUGUUUGGGCACUCCAUGGGAGGCCUCUCGGUUCUCAGAGCUCUUUCCAGGCGUUGGCGCAUCGAGCCCUCGGGUGGCCGUGCUUUGUCGGAGAACUCUGCUGCUACGCAUGCAGACACCGGUGCCUCUGGGACGGAAGACAAGCGCGCGCCAGCAUCGCGCCAGCUUGAUUUCUCGUCUUUUUCUUUCUUGACAGUGGUACUGCUCAACAGCCCGGUCGGCGGCCUUCCCGUUCUUCAGUUGUCGGUGCCCUUUCGCUUCUUCUACCGACGCCUGUGGCGGGAUGUCCGCAAGCGGUUCGGGCUCCAACACCGAGGGUCUCAGCUGCUUGCGAGCGGCGGCGUGUCUGGAGGGAGCAGAGCAGACCCGCUGGGACGCCAAAGCUCUCUGGAGGUGUCCAGCCGUUCUCCAAGCACCGCAGCUGCAGCUUGUCUCCCUUCGCGGGCCUUCCUUGUUUCAGCUUCUUCCGGAUGGAUCGAUGAAUUUGUUUCGCCGGCGGCCGCUUUGCCGCCGUCCCUUCGUCGCCGUUUCUCGUCGCAGACUCGCGAUUUCCAGACACCCGUGGACAGAGAAGCUGGCGGCGCGGCGUCGAGUUGCGUAUACCGCUCGCAGUUCCACUUCUUCUCGUUGCUGCUGCCGUUUGCGCGAGAUGUGCACACCCAGCACACACACGACAACAUCAUGUGGUCGCGGCCGGCGUUGUUCAUGUUUGCCCACAUGCUCAGAGAGCAGGAACGGCUGCUCGCCGCGGUGCGCCAAAAUGAGCGAGCUGCCCUAGCGGCUGGCCUCCAGCCCGGCUCGGCUCCGUGGGAACGAGCCGUGUUCGAGGAGCUGGGCGACGAGGGACAGGCGAGUGAAGAGCAUGAAGAAGGGGCGCGCCUAGCCGGACCGAAUUCGCCUGCCGCGCAAUCCCCUGCUGCGUGCGCCGACAAGUCGCAUGUAGGGAAGGCUCUGUCUCCUGUGGAGCGAAUGCUGCGACGAGUCGAGACUCUGACGGUGUCGCCGCUCGCCACAGCUUUGUCGCCGCGGACCCAGGUGCGCGACGCCACUCCUGCCGGUUCAGUUGGUUCUUCUUUUUCCAGGGAUGCUGCCGCUGAGAGUCGCUCAGAUUCGCGAGGGAUGAGUGCACAGAUUGCGCAGGACGCAAUCUCUGCACUCGCCUGUGGAGCAACGCCGUCGUGCGGCGUUGCUCCACAGGCCGUUCCAAUCACCGAUCGCUACCUCGAGGCCCGUCUCCACAGGGCACUUGAAAUUUUGUUCAGUACGCAGGCGAUGGAGAGCGGCGCUCUCGCAGAAAACGAGCCAGCUGAUGGAAAAAAAGCGCGCGACGCCGGUGACGUGGUGACAAUAAAGCAGGGCCCCGCCGCCGGCAUCUCAGGGGAAGGUGUAUUCAGGGUGAUUUCGUCACUUGACGCGCUCUCGUCGCCCCUGAUGUCGUCACUGCCCCCCGUGCUUGUAUAUCCCUAUUCAUUUGGCAGCCAAAACCACUCGCAAGGCGCUGCUGGCGCAGCCCAAAACACCGCAGGGCGGUCAGCAAGCAGUGAAGACCGGGCGGAGUCACGCUCUCAGCAUCGUGUCGCCCGCUUUCAGAAGCCCUUUUUCUUCGGACUCAAGCCCGCGCCGCUCGCACCUUUCCAGCGGCCAAGUGAGGGAGACGACUACAACGAAGGCUCCCUGCCAGUCUGUCGACGCCAGGUGAAGCUACGAGAAACCGUUGGUGCCUCAAGCGCCGCUGACGAAACUCUGGAUGAGUCUGUGAUAUCCGAGAUCUCCGCCUUCCUCGAACAGCUUCUUGCGCGCGCCUCUGGGGACUCUUCUUCGUGUUCUGCUUCGGGACACUGCGCGACUCCUGUUUCAGAGAGCGCCUCGGGGCGGAGAACCCACGAGGAAGAGCUCCGCCUCGCUGUAGCUUCCAACAGUUCAGGGGCAGGGUCGUCUCAAUCAUCAUUCCCUUUCGCCUUUUUUCUGGCGACCCCUAAGGCCCUCGUGUCUGGCGGGAAAGAUGCGGAACAAGCCCACCAAUUUUCGUUUUUCUUCCUGCCGCCCUCACUAUCUCUUUUUUAUCCGGUGAAGGCGUGCGGUUGGUUGCUCCCUCCUUCGCUUCCAUUCCGUCACAGGCCGGUGGAUGACAGUCAGACGCCGGGUCAAGUGGGCGUGUCCCCUGACGGAGACGUCGCAUUUCUGAUUCUUGUGAAUCAAAACGCGGUCAUCCCACCUCUAGGGCAACCGGGAAUCGUGGGCGCCAUGGCGCAUGUUGAUGCGGAAUCUGGACGUAAAGCAGGGAGCCAAGCAUCCUUCCAGCCGAAUGCCGUCUCACCAGGGCCGAACAGGCAAGCUGCCAAUCUCUCCGUUCCCGUUCCCUCUCCCGCGGGAGACCCCAGGGCUCUGUAUCAGCUGUCAUUCCAUUUUUUGCCUUUCUUCAAAGUGUCCUUUCCCCAGUUUCCGUUUCUGCAGUUCCUCCUUUCGCUUGUCUUCCCGAUGUCCGCGCGCAUUCCUCUUGCUAAACUGUCGCAUUCGCAUCGCGCGCUGUUGUCCUCUCCCGCCUACCUCCUCCUGCCGUCUCCGUCCUCCCUCGCCUUCUUCCUCCCCUAUCAGUACCGGACCCGAGUAGAAUUCGUCAAGCAGCAGCCUGCGCGCCCCGGUUCCUCGCGCGGCGUCCUCAACGAGGAGAUCCGCAGUUUUCGCACCUUCUGCAACGAGGUCGACAUCCUCCUGGCGGUCUGGGAGGAGCCCGAGUCGUUGACGGCGGUGCCUGGCGGACGACGAGAGGAUGCCAGUCACCCCUCGUCGCAGUUCGUGUCUGCGGAAAUUGGCGUGCAGCAGCAAAAGAUCUCUCUCAAAGAGAGAUGCUUUCUGCGGGAGGGCCCCCGGGAGAAUGCCUGGACUUGGAGCUGGCUGCCCGGCUCGACGCUGGAAGAGGUAGGAGGUCUCCGUCUUUCCAGCGAAGAACGCGGCGAAGGAGGGCAGAAGAGCGCAGACACGGGGAAAUCUUGGACAACUUUUUUCAAAGACUUUGCGAAAAACUUCCAGCUGCUAGAUGCGGAAAGCUCGCCGAAUGUCUUUGCCCCCCGAUAUAUGCCCCCGCGCACCACGCCGUGUGCCAGUGCAGGAGCGCACAGCGAGGAGACACAUGCAGACUGGCGAGGGGUGCAGGCGGGGAGGAGCGACAGCCAAGAACAACGCGGACACACCGGAGGGAUAGGCGCUAGUGGAAAGGAGGACGCGGCGCUGUUCCGCGAGGUCUGCGACGGAGGGGCAGAUUUCAUUCGAGCUCAAACUACGCCUGUCAUCCUCCUGCCGACGACCCACGUCGAUGCUGUGACUGAAGAUGUGCGUCACAGAACAACGCCAGGGGGCGCUGUGGAGGCGACGCAGGCCUCUUCGCUUUCUCCACUCGCCACCCAGUCCGAGCACGAGGAAUGGAAUGCAGAACUUGUCGUCGAAGUCACUGGCUCCCCCUUGUCCUUGAUUCGAAAUCUGCUGCAUAUGUAUUUGCCCCUGUUUGUCGCUUUCCUCAUAUCCGUGUCCGGUCUGGCCGUCGCGUUUUUCCUCCUCUUCCCGUCUUCGACCGACGUCUCUACCCCGCAAAGGGAAGGCGGAACCCGUGAUUUGAAGACGUCCGCGGACCCCGCACGACGCAGCGCAACUUUUCCAGGCGGUUGUUUGAGAUUUGGAAGCCACGUUAACCUCUCCGCUGUGCUGUUCUGCGGCAUGUUAGCGCUCGUCAGCGUCGCAGUACUCUGCCAUUCGCGUGUAUUCUUCGCAAGCUACUGCCGGUCUGAAGUCGCGGAGGCCCAGCGGGCUCCCCCAGGGGGACUCCUGGAUGCACUCGUUUCCUCCGCAUUAGCCCCACCUUCCUCGUUCCUUCUGUCAAUGCACCCCCCCCUGCCUCCCGUCAGUCUCUUGCUCGUCCUUUUGGGGCUGGCAGUCUCGCUGUUUUGGCUGCUGAUGCAUGCGGGCCGGGCUGUCUGCUGCAUCCUCCGCGUGGCGCUGUCUGUUUUGAGGCGACUCGUCUUCCCUGCGGGGCGGCUAUGCCUCGCUUUGUGCUCGCGUCGCAGCGGAAAGGACGGCGGCUCGCUUUUCGCGGGAUCUGCGGAAACGAUUCACCUAGCCGGCAGUGAACGAGGCGACGCAGGAUGUCCAGCGGCACAGCCGUGCGAUGGAGACAAGCUCGCAAGGCCCGCUGCGCGAGACUCUUGUAGUGGGCAAAUUCCGCAGGGUAGCUCUGCCGAUUCUCUUUUCAAGGUGGGAAGCAAUCGUGGGCAAUGUUCAGGCCCGCAGGCUCUCUCUGACGAGAGCCAGCUGCCACCCCCGCAGCAGAGGACUUGCUUCAACAAGAUGCGAGAGACGGUGGCAGGGGCCUCACUUGGCCUUUGCGCCUUUGUAAUUUUUGUCAGCUUUCUGCUGUUCUUGGCAGUGCACCAACCGCACCAAGCUGCCCUCGUCAUGCUUCUUAUUAGCGUUGUGGGCAUGCUCGCCACAGCCAUGUGGCGACAAGGAACCCAUCGCCCUGAGCCCAGGGCUUUCGGGAAACAGUUGACAGCCGAGGUUGAGAAGAAGGGACUAGGUGCCCGAACGGAGGUGCAAAGUGGAAAGGAACUGCGGGGUACCUGCGACCGCGGGAGGCGGCAAAACCUUCUGGUGCUGCUGUGGUGCCAGUUGUUCCUCUUCCUUCUUCUCGACGCUUUGCCUAUGGGGCUUUCGGUCUGGCGCCUGCUUGGGCUUCACGAGCUUGCGGAAGGCCGUCACUGCCCGUUUGCAGACAGCAACAAUUCACUCAGAGAGAAAAUGGCGGGGUCGAAUUACGUCCUCCGCAGCAACGAGCUAGAUGACUCCAGCCUGGUUUGGCGCUUGGGUGGAUGGGUACUCUUCCCGUCGCUGCAGGCCUUCCCCCUGCCUGAGGGCCAGUUUCCACAUACAGAUAUUGUGGAGAGUGUUCACUCUUCGACUUUUUCUGAGCGCGUCUUGGUUUUUGCCUCAAUCCUUGCCGAAGAUGAACUGCUCGUACAGGGUUUAGUUAUGUUUCUGUGUCUGCUUCCCGCCAUCUGGAUGUGCUCAUGGUUGUUGUAUCAGUCGAUACGUGAGGAGUCUCAAAUGGGAUGGUCUUCCACCGUCGGGGGGAAACACGGCCAGGGAGUGGCGUGUCCCCCCCUCGCACCGAAAGUGCAGGCAUCGCUUCAGGUUGUCGCCGCCGCAGUCCUUCCGGCACUAGUUUUCUGGCUCCCAGACGGCAUUCAGAUGAUCCUGAGUGUCCAUUUGUUGUUGCAGUGUAUUGUGUUUUCGUCGGGCACGUUACGUCUCCCUCUCUUACAGUGA